CGCCGUGAGGCUGUUUUUCCACCCGCUGGCGCGCACACUCCAUCCCACUGUUUGCUUCUCUCUUUCUGGAGUUAAAUUCGUCUGAAGACGCCACCGGCCCCAGGCCCCGCUGGUCUCAAACAGCAGCUCCUGUGCGGAGAACAGUGGGAGGGAGCCGGGAGCCCGGGUGGCUGGCACUUUGGGUGGGGCGGCUGCCCGGCCGCCACCCGUCCUGGAGGCCACUUGGAGAGCCCAGCCCUGAGGAAGCCAAGGCCACAGGUGCCUGCAGCUGGCCCCAGCAUCCCUAGGAAGAGAGUGAGGAACAGAAGGGUUUAUCCUUUUGUUCACAGAUGAUGAAACUGAGGCCCAGAGAAAAGUCAUGAAGCAUGUUGGAAGCCAGAGCCUCCUAAACCGGUGGAGACCCUGAGGUCCCCAAAAUGAAAAGGAGGAAGGCCCAGGCCAGCCGCUGCAGUAGGGCUGGGAUGGCCCGGCCGUGCCCUGCCUUCCGCUGCCCACCAGCCUGCACUCCUCCCUAGCCCCACAGGAACCGGCGGUCCCGCUCCUCCCGCCUCUUCUCCUGCAGUCGGUCCCCCAGCUGCCCGGUCACCAUGGCUGCCCUGAUCGCAGAGAACUUCCGCUUCCUGUCGCUCUUCUUCAAGAGCAAGGAUGUGAUGAUUUUCAACGGGCUGGUGGCACUGGGCACAGUGGGCAGCCAGGAGCUGUUCUCUGUCGUGGCCUUCCACUGCCCCUGCUCGCCGGCCCGGAACUACCUGUACGGGCUGACAGCCAUCGGUGUGCCCGCCCUGGCACUCUUCCUCAUCGGCAUCAUCCUCAACAACCACACCUGGAACCUGGUCGCUGAGUGCCAGUACCGGAGGGCCAAGAACUGCUCGGCUGCCCCCAACUUUCUCCUUCUGAGCUCCAUCCUGGGCCGCGCGGCCGUGGCCCCGGUUACCUGGUCUGUCAUCUCCCUGCUGCGCGGUGAGGCUUAUGUCUGCGCGCUCAGUGAGUUCGUGGACCCCUCCUCACUGACGGCCGAGGAAGGCGGCUUCCCACCAGCCCACGCCACUGAAAUCCUGGCCAGGUUCCCUUGCGGGGAGGGCCCUGCAAACCUGUCAGGCUUCCGGGAGGAGGUCAGCCGCAGGCUUAAGUAUGAGUCCCAGCUCUUUGGGUGGCUGCUCAUUGGCGUGGUGGCCGUCCUGGUGUUCCUGACCAAGUGCCUCAAGCAUUACUGCUCGCCACUCAGCUACCGCCAGGAGGCCUACUGGGCGCAGUACCGCGCCAACGAGGACCAGCUGUUCCAGCGCACAGCUGAGGUGCACUCGCGGGUGCUCGCUGCCAACAACGUGCGCCGCUUCUUCGGCUUCGUGGCGCUCAACAAGGAUGACGAGGAGCUGGUUGCCAGCUUCCCAGUGGAAGCUACACAGCCGCGGCCACAGUGGAAUGCCAUCACCGGCGUCUAUCUGUACCGGGAGAACCAGGGCCUCCCGCUCUACAGCCGCCUGCACAAGUGGGCCCAGGGUCUGGCGGGCAACGGUGCGGCCCCCGACAAUGUGGAGAUGGCCCUGCUGGCCUCCUAGGGGCCCGCUCCCCGGGCUCUUGGCACUGCUUGGUCCCAAACCCAACUCCACUGCCUGCUCACACCAGCAUCCAAAGGGGAUUUUUUUCCCCCCUAAACUGGCUUCUUGGGCAAACAGGCCAGGGGCGAGGGACGAGGCAAUCUGGGGUGCAGAGAGAUCCAGCAGACAAUGUCAUCAGCUCUGACUUGAAGAAAUUCAAUCUCCUGUUCCCACCAGGCAGCGUGGUCAACAGCUUGGGAAGACUCUUUCCCAGAACUGGCCUCUAAUUAACUAUGACAUGGAUGAUCUUUUACCGUUGGGACUCCAAGCUGGGAAGCCCCAGCUGGCAGGUCCAGGUGACAGUGAAAGUCACCAGGAGGCUCCCUGUGCAGUACGUUGUGCAGUUAAUUUGUGUCUAAUUGCACAGGGACACCCGGCUCAGCAGUGCACCACUGGGAGGCCGCCCUUCAGUGGAUGCCUCUGGCCUUAUUUUAUACACUUGAAUUUUUGAUAAAGCUUUUCUUACUAUAA